UGAAUCCUCUUUUCUUCUGUGUCCUCUGACAGCCUAUUUCAUUACCAUUAAAAGCUUUCUUGUUCUGAUACUGAAAUACUCCUAAAUACACAGGGUUCUAUUGCCCCUGUGAAGAAAUUAAAGACUUUUCAGAAGAGUCAUGAGUUCAUUUCAGUUGGUUCCUCUAAAGAAACUUCAAAUUUCCUUCAGUUCCAGUGCUGGUAGAGUCAUGGGUCCUCUGUGGCUCUGGGUGAGGCAGUGAGGGGUCUGUGUCUAGCUCUGGUCUUAUCUUUAUAUGAGAUGCAGACAAAUUAAAAAUCAGCUGCAGGGGAAAACAUCCAAGAGACAUAGAAACAGAGAAAUUUGUUCCCUCACUUUGUUCAGCUCAACAUUAACAGGAGGAAAAAAAAAAGGAAGAAAAAGAACAGGAAAAGGAAGAGGACGAAGGAGAAAGAAAAUGCUUUAAAUUGUAACAUAAUUUUUUAUUCAUGGAGCAGUUACAGGUAUUUAAUUAUUGAAGGGAGAGAGGGGUCCUGUAAACCAAGGACUGGAAACAGAAAUCAGAGGCAUUCAAAUUAAAAUUAAGGCAUACAUUUUUAAGAGUAAGGCAAAUGAAAUCACUACAGAAAGAGGGAAGGGUCUUCAGCUUUUCUCAUCUUCAAGCUGUAGAUGUUUCUGGAAAGAGAUGUAGCAACAUGAAUUAAUAGGUUUAGUACAAGGGUCACUGUUCUGGUGGAACUAGCAUAUCCUGCUACAUGUGGGAGGUCAGACUAAAGGAUCUAAAGGGGUUUUCUGGCCUUGAACAUCAAGCAUUAGUAUCUGUAAUCUUAAAAUAUAACUGUGUACCUUUGCUCAUGUUUGGGGUGGUUUUUGAUCUUUCCAAAUCAGCAGCCAUCAAAUGUCAGAUAUGACUUCUCUCUGUGUUAUGCUUUUGAAUUCCCUACAUUUUUGAUGCAGAAAUUCAGAAAAUGUAAUUUGUCUGAAAACAAAAAAGAAGUAAUUUUAAGACUGUCUUAUGCUGGGUUCCAAGUUUAGAGACAUAAAUAUUGCUCAGUGACAUUUUUCUAACCCAAUCAUUCUUUCAGUAGCCUUUGGCAGCCUGGCUUGUUUGAAUCUGAAACUCUGAAUAAAUUAUUUCAAAUAUCCAGCAUUUUUCAGUAACAUUUUUUUUCUUGUUUGUGGUGUAGUAGUUGGCUGCUAUCCCAAAAUGCAUCAUUUUUCCCUUUCUGGCGUUCUAUUUUUGGCACAGAUUAAUGCAACCAUUAAUAUUAAUAAAAAUGAUGAUGAUAAUGAUGAAAGUAGCAAUAGUAUUGAGUACUGAAAGUAGCAAUAGUAAUGAGUAUCUUUUUGGGUACUGGUUAGGGUAUCAGAUAACCAUUAUGCUUGCAGAACAAGCAAAAACAAGACACAUAGCAUAAGCUAGUAUAGCAUGAAAAGAAAGAAUUUCUAGCAUGAGAAACAUUUUUGCAGUGAGAAAUUAAUUUUAUACUUGAGUUCAUCCUUCAGAUCAGUAUCACAGGAUACAGGCUGGACUCAUUUUUGUUGAAGUUAAAACAGAAAGUGGCCAGGUUUGAGAGGCCCACUAUGAGUCCACCAGGCUUAGACUAGUUGACACUUUUUAGGAGGUGCUAUAGUGCUGGCAGCAUCCUCAGAAGUUAGCUUUCCUCUUGGUUUUCCUUGAUGUAUGGCAUUCCUUUGUUGUUGAAAUAUCUCCAACCAAAAAAAGUUGAUAUUUUCCUACACUGACUGUUCCCUUUCUGAAUAAGGGCAUCUGGCAGCUCUUUGACAACUGGUGAAUUACUACAUCUUUUAUAUGUUCCUUAAGAAUAAAACCCAGAUCCCCUUUUCAUGGUGCCUUUAGUCUGUUGCAGAUUAAAAGAUGCCUCCAGACUGCAGUACAGGACAGACUGUUCUACUCAAUUUUCUUUGAAAUGUCUCUCCUCCAUUUGUUUAAUUAAAGCACCAAAAAUCAGAUGCCUUUAUGGAAUACCUCUGAAUUCACCUCAGGAAUAUGAUCAUAUCUUCAACUGAAGUCAGUCUCUAAACAGCCAGCCAUGGAUGCUCUGCUUCACUAUUUUGAUGUGGAAACUAGUCCUGAAUCUGAGUUAAAUAGACAUUCUGACACCAUUGCAACCUGUUAUUUGUGCAAAAGAAAUCUGAUUAGCAGGGGUUCUAAAUUAUUUUUUGUUUAUGAUGUUCUUUGACUGCAAGCAAAAAUAUUUCUUCCCCUCAGUAUUAUAGAGUCUGAAGGUCCUCAGGAUGGUUGCCUUGUGCUAUACUGAUAUAGACACAUACAGAUAUUUCCUUUUUUAUGAGGCAUUUCUUUAGAUCUGACAUCUAUUGCAAGAAAGAGAUAUAAAGAUACAGAUGUGUUAGGCUCAUGCAGAUUUAUACAGACCCAAUACUUGCUUGUUUGGGACAUCAAGAGCCUUGGUCCUGUGGAGUUCACUUCCUCUGAGGACGCAGCGUGGCUGGCAGGGCCAGUCGGACCUGCUCUCUAUUAAUACUGAUUCCCAAGCUGCAUUAUUUUUUCAGUUAUCCAUACCGCUUCUGGGAACUUCACAUUGAACAAGUCCAAUGCAGUCUUUAAGUUCUUCUGUCAUGUAAACUAACUUACAGUUUUGGGGCAUCACUCGGCAGGUCAAGGAGCCUUCAGAAGAAACCUCAACGUUCAGAUUGAACCCUUACCACUUUUUAGUCGGAAGGGACACCUGAAACAAACAGCCUCCUUCCUAAUGAGCAGUGGAUGACAUGGUUUAUUUAUUGCAUUAAAUAUGCAUUUUAAAUUCAUUGUUUCAUCCUGUACCAUCAGCCCUUGCCUGAUUUCCUAAAGCAAAAGAGACACUUGCAGAGUCCCUAAAUGUAACCAUCUGGUUUUUUCUGCUUUGACACCUUAUACCCCAAAAUCUGAAUGCAGACCUAGUCUGCCAUUAGCAUUAUUUGAGCUUGUUAGUAUAGGAUGAGUGAACAAUCUGACUUGCACACUAGCACUGUUCUGCAUAUGUGGCCCAAGUUCACCAGUGUUUGUCCAAGAGGCCUCACAGUAAUGUUUCAAAAUGGGUAAAGGUAAAAUGCUUCAAGCCAAUUGCUGAAAUUAUUCUGUUUCCUUUCAGUCUUCAAGUGUGUAGAUGAGAAUACAUGAGAUGAACAGAAAUUUUCUUUUCUAUAGCUGUACAAGCGUCUAAGAAUCCGGCCUUUUAUUGUUUUAAUUUCCUGUUUUAUUGCAGUCUUAGAGAAACAGAAAAUUUUUACUAGCUUCCUAAUUUAAAACCAUAAAUCUCUCCAUUAUAUCUGCAUGCCAGUUUAAUACUGUCAAGCAUGUUAAACAUAGGAAAAGGUAAAUUGAUUGCUGGCAUUUCUUAUGUAGUGUAAAAUUUACUUACUUUAUAUUGGGCCUGUAGCAUUAAAUGAAGGAAGCGGCAUUGGGAAAGUACAGAUCUAAUAUUUUAUGGGGUAUGCAUCAAAAUCCCUACAGAGAAAGGCAGGUGAAAUUACAGGCACAUCCUGCUUGAUAAUGUUCAUGUUUGAGGCUCUUUUAAUGGCUUUGUACCAUAUGCAGUUUGAUAUUGACCUUAACAUGCACAGAUAAAACUGGAAAUGUGUAACUAUUAAUCCACACCUCAGUGGCUUGCCAAAUUCUUUAUUGUCCCAUGAUUUUAGCCCUCUAGUUUUCUCUUUUAAUUAAGUAACAGCUAUGAAAAUGUAAUAAAUUCUGUGCAAAACAGCUAGGCAUACUCCUGAACUACAGACUAUAUUGAUUUUAGUCCAGUAGAUCAUAGCCGUGGGGACAAUGUGCCUGAAGGGUAACAAAGUGAGCCUACAGCUCUGUCAUCUCAUUUUUGUCCCCUGAUGUGACACCUUUUCGCUUCUGGGGAUGCAGAGUGAGCAAUUUUAGUCCAGCUGUAAUUGUGUGUUUCAUUCUGUGGCUCAGCAAAGUGGGGUAUUUAGAGAAAUGCAGCAGCAGUCUCUUCCCCAGAGGUUGAGGGCAUCGUGUCUCUGCAGGCAGAGUGCAUGAUCUUGCUGGAGUACUCACCAUCUGCCUGCCUACAGCUCCUGGGAGCAGGAGCAUUUUAGUUCUCUGUUGAAACAUAUUAUGUAAGCACACAUAUUUUUCACAAUCUAAUUUUGCACAAUACACAGUGCCUCUUUUGGUCAUUUGCAUUUUCCAGCAGUGCUAAUUAAAUCAGCACGAGGGGACUCAGCUAACCAACUGAGACCAUCCCAGAACAUAACAGCCUCUUCAUGCACCGAGCAGCUGGUUCAGUGCUCCAAGACCAAGUGCUGUCUUUCAUGCUAAAGUACCAUUCUACACAAAAGGUACCUUUGAUGGCAUAAAGACACUGCUCUAUUGGCUACACAUACAGCAGUUUUGAAGUGUUUAUUGAGUAGCCUUAAAAAGACUUCAAUUUUUUUGUUUUGAAAAAUCAGUCCCAUUUUUGUAGGUUUUUGAGACCAGGAUAAUUUGAAGCUACAUUGUGUUUGCGUGCUGGGGAUCUACUAUUUUUGUCUGACUCAGAGACAUGGGCUCAUGCAGUCUGGCUGUGCCUAGAAGUGAAGAACGGUGUUGUACUGCUUAGGAAGCUCUGUCAGCAGAGGCAUCGUUGAUAAGGACCUUCGUCACUACCUCAAUCUACGGUUCCAGAAAGGUUCGGUGGACCAUGAGCUCCAGCAGAUCAUAAGAGACAAUCUCUACCUCCGCACAGUGCCAUGCACCACAAGGCCACAUAAGGAGGGGGAAGUCCCUGGUGUGGACUAUAUUUUCAUCACUGUUGAAGAUUUUAUGGAAUUGGAGAAAAGUGGUGCUCUCCUAGAAAGCGGAACAUAUGAAGACAACUAUUACGGCACUCCAAAGCCUCCAGCGGAACCAGCUCCGUUGCUGUUAAAUGUGACAGACCAGAUCCUCCCAGGUGCCACCCCCGGGGCUGAAGGCAAACGUAAAAGGAAUAAAUCUGUGAGCAAUAUGGAGAAGACAGGCAUUGAACCACCAGAGGAAGAAGAGGAAGAAAGACCUGUGGUCAAUGGCAAUGAUGUGACAGUAACACCAGAAUCAAGUGAACAUGAAGAGAAGAGUACAGCUGUCUCGGGUGAGGCAUCUACCACCCAGCCUUGUCCUGCACCAGGAUAUGGUCAGCCUGAAGAAGCAAAGGAGGAUAUGGAUGUAACAAAACAGACUAAACCUGAAGAGAAUGAUGACUUGGGCCCACUGCCUGAUAACUGGGAAAUGGCUUAUACAGAAAAGGGGGAAGUCUACUUUAUUGACCAUAACACAAAGACAACAUCAUGGCUGGAUCCACGACUUGCGAAAAAGGCUAAACCUCCAGAAGAGUGCAAAGAAAAUGAGCUUCCAUAUGGCUGGGAGAAAAUUGAUGAUCCCAUUUAUGGCACUUAUUAUGUUGACCACAUAAAUAGAAGAACUCAAUUUGAAAACCCUGUCCUAGAAGCAAAAAGGAAGCUACAGCAGCAUAACAUGCCCAACGCAGAACUUGGAACAAAGCCUAUGCAGGCCCAAGGUUUCCGAGAAAAACCACUCUUCACCCGUGAUGCAUCACAGCUGAAGGGGACUUUCCUCAGCACAACUCUUAAGAAAAGCAACAUGGGUUUUGGAUUUACCAUCAUUGGUGGGGACGAGCCGGAUGAGUUUCUCCAGGUGAAGAGUGUAAUUCCUGAUGGGCCUGCAGCACAAGAUGGGAAAAUGGAAACAGGUGAUGUGAUUGUCUAUAUUAAUGAAGUUUGUGUCCUUGGACAUACUCACGCAGAUGUAGUCAAACUCUUCCAGUCUGUUCCUAUUGGUCAGAGUGUCAACUUGGUGCUAUGUCGUGGAUACCCUUUGCCCUUUGAUCCUGAAGAUCCUGCCAACAGCAUGGUGCCACCCCUUGCAGUAAUGGAGAGGCCUCCGGUAGUGGUAAAUGGAAGACAUAACUAUGAAACUUAUUUGGAAUACAUUUCUAGGACUUCUCAGUCUGUUCCAGACGUAACAGAUCGACCACCACACUCCUUGCACUCCAUUCCAGCAGAUAGUCAGCUUGAUAGCACAUUCCCACCACCUGCCCAUGAUGAUAAUGUAUCAAUGGCUUCUUCUGGGGCCACCCAAGCUGAACUCAUGACCUUAACCAUUGUGAAAGGGGCCCAGGGCUUUGGCUUCACUAUAGCAGACAGUCCUACAGGACAGAGGGUGAAGCAAAUUCUAGACAUUCAGGGAUGUCCUGGUUUGUGUGAAGGUGACCUCAUUGUUGAGAUCAACCAGCAGAAUGUACAGAACCUGAGCCAUGCAGAAGUAGUGGAUAUACUUAAAGAAUGUCCUGUUGGAAGUGAAACUUCUUUGAUUAUCCAUAGAGGAGGUUUCUUUUCUCCAUGGAAAACUCCAAAGCCUAUGAUGGAACGAUGGGAGAAUCAAGGCAGCCCUCAAACAAGUGUGUCUGCUCCAGCUAUGCCACAGAAUAUUCCCUAUCCACCCACUCUUCACAGGAGUUCAUUUCCUGAUUCAACAGAGGCCUUUGAUCCACGAAAACCUGACCCGUAUGAGCUGUAUGAGAAAUCAAGAGCUAUUUAUGAAAGUAGGCAACAAGUGCUGCCCAGGACUGGUUUUCGAGCGGAUUCCUCUGGUCCCGAUUACAAAGAGCUGGAUGUGCACCUUCGGAGAAUGGAGUCUGGCUUUGGCUUCAGGAUCCUGGGAGGAGAUGAGCCUGGGCAGCCUAUUCUCAUCGGAGCAGUGAUUGCCAUGGGCUCAGCAGACCGAGAUGGUCGUCUCCAUCCUGGUGAUGAGCUGGUGUAUGUGGAUGGGAUUCCAGUGGCCGGCAAAACCCACCGAUACGUGAUUGACCUUAUGCAUAACGCCGCCCGAAACGGGCAGGUGAAUCUUACUGUGAGGAGAAAGGUGCUACCCACGGAGUCCUCCAGCCAGAAAGGUGCCCCUGCGCCUGGUGCGACGCCCCCUCGCAGCUCCCCCAGCGCGAGGAAAAUGGCCAAUAACCAAGGAGAACCCUGCCCAGAGAAUGGCAGAAGCCCAGGCUCGGUGUCCACGCACCACAGCUCUCCAAGAAGUGACUACACGACUUAUGCCAACAGCAAUCACGCUGUCUCCAGCAGCACCGCCACGCCGCCCGAGGGCUUCGCGUCGCACAGCCUGCAGACCAGCGACGUGGUCAUCCACCGCAAGGAGAACGAGGGCUUUGGCUUCGUUAUCAUCAGCUCCCUCAACAGGCCUGAGUCUGGCUCCACAAUAACUGUACCCCAUAAAAUAGGGCGGAUAAUUGAUGGAAGCCCUGCGGAUCGCUGUGCAAAACUUAAAGUUGGAGACCGGAUCUUAGCUGUGAAUGGCCAGUCCAUUAUUAACAUGCCUCAUGCAGAUAUUGUGAAGCUAAUUAAAGAUGCAGGUCUCAGUGUAACUCUUCGCAUCAUUCCUCAGGAGGAGCUGAACAGCCCAGCCUCGGCCCCCAGCUCGGAGAAGCAGAGCCCCAUGGCCCAGCAGCACAGCCCCAUGGCCCAGCAGAGUCCCCUGGCGCAGCAGAGCCCCGUCGCCCAGCACAGCCCCGUGGCCCAGCCUCCGCCUCCACAGCCCCUCCAGCCACAGGGACACGAGAACAGCUACAGGUCAGAAGUAAAAGCCAGGCAGGAUGUGAAGCCUGACAUCCGGCAGCCCCCGUUUACGGACUACAGGCAAUCCUCCACGGACUACCGCCAGCCCCCGCUGGACUACCGGCACCCGCCGGUGAUGGACUACCAGCAGCCCCCGCCGCUCGACUACAGGCAGCCCCCGCUGAUGGACUACAGGCAGCACUCCCCCGACACCAGGCAGUACCCCCUGUCCGAGUACAGGCAGCCCCAGGACUUUGAUUAUUUCACCGUUGAUUUGGAGAAAGGAGCCAAAGGAUUUGGGUUUAGUAUUCGAGGAGGAAGGGAGUACAAAAUGGAUUUGUAUGUGUUGAGGUUAGCAGAAGAUGGACCAGCAGUAAGAAAUGGAAGGAUGAGGGUAGGAGAUCAAAUAAUUGAAAUCAAUGGAGAAAGCACAAGGGACAUGACACAUGCCAGAGCAAUAGAGCUAAUCAAGUCUGGUGGCAGGAGAGUGCGACUGUUGUUGAAACGUGGAACAGGCCAGGUCCCAGAAUAUGACGAACCAAACUCCUGGAGUGCUCCCUCUGCCACCUCCCCAGGUCUGCCGGAAGUAGCUCUUUCCCUCGACGACAUAAUCUCACCAUUAUCUUCAUCACACAUAGCCCCACCCUCUGACCCUUCUCACCAGAUAAGCCCAGAGCCAACAUGGGAUAUCAAGAGGGAACACGAUGUAAGAAAACCAAAGGAGCUUUCGGUGAACGGUCACAAAAAGAAAAGGUUAGGAGAACAAAGAGAAAGGUCAGCAAGUCCUAAAAAGGUAGACAGGUCAAAACACGAAGAGGCUUCUUGGAAAGGAUAUUCAGGAGGCAAAAAUAAGACCACUGAUGGUGGCCGGCCCACCUCAGAAAGCAAAGCGGUGGGACACAGCGUUAUGAUCGAGGCUGGUGCAAGAGAGCACAUGUGUGCUGGAACCAGUGAUGAACAGUUUGGGAGGCUGAGGAAGCCAGAAAGCAAGAGAGGAGGGUCUCUUAGCAAAAAAGACCACAGAUCCACAAACACCAGUGAGAAGUCAGCUGCAGCACCCGACCAUGUCAAGACCGAUACAGGAGCUACCAAGACAUAUGGUAGCAACCGCUGCAGCUCGCCUGGAAGUGAUAUGGACCACAGCCAGAGGGACCCUGAUGGGAAACCCAGCGAGUUCCCCAGGAAGGGACAUCUCCACUCCAUUAGCACUCGCAGCACCAACACCACAGUUCGAAAGGCAACGGUCUCUCCAGGGCCAUGGAAAAUCCCUGGCUCAGAUAAACUACCAAGCGUCCUGAAGUCUGGUACUUCUGCCAUGAGCAGAUAAGCAAGGGACUGUUGCCCUCUAACUGUCUCAAACUGACGCAGAACAUUCUUCUUAGUUUUUGUCUCACAUUGGUUUGUUUUAAUUUAUUUUAACUAUCACACAUAUACACAAAGCAUUGAGGAAUGAAAACAUUAGUGUGUAAUUCCAUGACAAUGUGCACAGUAUCUAAUAAGUUCAAAAGCAUAUAGUCAACACAGAGAUUUAAAAUCGACCCUAAAGUCCCAGUUCCAUUUUAGGGACUUUGGCAGCUAUGGAAGAAACCAAAACAAUAUGAAGGACAGUACAUCAGAGAAGGAUAGUGCAGUGUAGCUUUAGCAUUUUUUUCCCACUGCAUGAAGGACUUGGAUUUCAUUCCAACUUUAUAUCAAGAAACUGGAACAAGUUAGAGCAAUCACAAACUGGAACAUCGCCUUAAAAAAAACUGCACGGAGCAAGCUGAAACCGAGAGAGGAUCUUUUCAUGGAGCUAAAAUGUUGUAAAUAAAUUGUUCUCGACAUAUCUAGACAGGGGUUAAAGGGUUUCUUUAAAGCAUUGUUUGGAACUGUACACCCAUGACACGUCUCCACUGUUAACGCUUUGGGAUAGUCCACGUGGUACCCUGUAGAAUAGUUCACCGGGUGCUGCGGGAGGAAUGGGGAAUCCAGUGGAUUAGUUUCUGUGAUACCAUUUCUACUGCCAUUUUUGUGAACAAACCAUGUUUCUGUACAUUGGAAAGGAGUUAAGGUGGAGUUGUAUUUGCAAAUUAUUCUCAAAAGUGAUUUAUUACAGGUUCCCCAAGUCCUGCAAGGUAGCACACAAACCAAUUGGUCAGACUCAAACCCCAGGCAUCUGCAAGGCCCUUGCAAUGAAAGGAAGAGUGCUACAGAGAAAAAGCUGCAGUUUCCUUAAGGAAAGGCCUUUCCUUCCUGCAGAAGAUGAUAGCAUCACUUAUCAACAGUGCUAUGUUUCAUACCCAUCUGCAUUUACUUAGGACACUCUCACCUCUCAUCCCCUCAGUUUGGCAGAGCAGGUGUCUUUCAGGCACACAUCAACAAUAAUUAGACUGGUUUCUGAAAUACAGUUGUCGGUGUCCUCAUUCAGUAAAUUCAGUAUUUUCCCAUUUUUAAAAUGGUUUCCAUU